UAAUGUGCAGCCGUGACUAAAGGUUAAAGUACAGCCACCCCUGUUGCAUCAAUACGGUUACAUUUUAAUCGAAGGACAAGAUCUCACUCCCUGCACAGGAUUGGUUCAGUUCGGGAGAUACCCGGAUCGGGAACGGACGGUGCGCUCUUUACCAUCAUAUCAGCAUGGAUGUCUUAAAAGAUUCGGACGUGAAGAAGUACCGGGAUAAUGGAUACCUGGUGGUGGAGAACUUUCUGACGGCGUCAGAGUGUGAUGCUCUGCGGGCGAAGAUGAAAGACAUCGUGGAGCAGAUGUAUGUUCCCCAACACUGCCGCAUCCAGUUCUCCACAGACCAGGAGGAGCAGCUCAAAUCUCAGGGAAGUGCAGACUACUUCAUCACAAGUGGGGAUAAAAUUCGCUUCUUCUUUGAAAAAGGAGUGUUUGAUGAAAAAGGUGAAUUUAUUGUGCCAAGAGAACGUUCCCUCAACAAAGUUGGUCAUGCCCUGCAUGCCCUUGAACCAGUCUAUGAAAGCGUCACCCAUUCCCAGAAAGUCCAGAAUCUGGCAAAGAAGUUGGGACUGCUCAGCCCUGUCAUCCUGCAGAGCAUGUACAUAUUCAAGCAACCAGGCAUUGGAGGAGAGGUGACGCCACAUCAGGAUGCCACCUUCCUGUACACGGAGCCCCUGGGCCGCGUCAUGGGCAUGUGGAUCGCCUUGGAGGAUGCCACGCUUGACAACGGCUGCCUGUGGUUUAUUCCAGGAUCACAUUCCAGUGGCGUGAGUCGGAGGAUGGUGCGGACUCCCAAAGGGACGUUUCCCCUGACUGACUUUGUGGGUCGCGAGCAGGAGUACGAUGACAAGCUGUUUGUUCCUGCACCCGUCAAGAAAGGAGGCCUAGUGUUAAUUCAUGGGCAGGUGGUUCAUAAGAGUGAAAAGAACAUCUCCUCUGACUCGCGUCACGUCUACACAUUCCACCUCAUGGAGUCCCAUGAAACCCGCUGGAGCCCAGACAACUGGUUGCAACCAUCAGAAGAGCUCCCGUUCACGCCCCUGUUUACCUAACCAUCCCUAGCUAGCUGUCAUACCCAACUCACCUCAGUACAACAACCACUUCUAACAUCAUCAUCAUCACACACACACACACACACACACACAUAGGUAAACGUUCUGUGUUCAUAUACUUGCCAGAUGAAUGCCCAAUUUGUAAUAAAUGGUACUUUUUGA